UGGACUUAAAAGAAGACUGAACUACGAAUCAUGCCGGACGCCCCCUCAGUGAAAGCGCCCAAGAAGGGCUCAAAGAAAGCCGUCACCAAGACCGCCAGCAAGACCGGCAAGAAGAGGAGAAAGUCCAGGAAGGAGAGCUACGCCAUCUACGUGUACAAGGUGAUGAAGCAGGUCCAUCCAGACACCGGCAUCUCCUCCAAAGCCAUGGGCAUCAUGAACUCCUUUGUGGGCGACAUCUUUGAGCGCAUCGCCGGUGAGGCCUCCCGUCUGGCUCACUACAACAAGCGCUCCACCAUCACUUCCAGGGAGAUCCAGACCGCUGUCCGCCUGCUGCUGCCCGGUGAGCUGGCAAAGCACGCAGUGUCCGAGGGAACCAAGGCUGUGACCAAGUACACCAGCUCCAAGUAAAGCUGCUGCUAAACCAACAACACAAAGGCUCUUUUAAGAGCCACCCACUACAACUAAAGACAUGUUCCUGUUCUAGUUUUAUAAAUACAUUGUUAAAUACAUGUUGAACCACAGUGCAAUAUCCACAAUU